AUGAACGUGGUCUGCCCCGUACGCCGUAUCCUCCACAUUUCUCCCCGGGGGGGCCGCCAAUUGACCACGACCCCACCAAGCACCUACCGUCACCGUCGCAGCCUGAAAGCCAAACCCGAAUCCUACACGACACCCCCACCGACCCCCUACACCGAGGGCCAAGUCUCCAAACUGUCGGAAUACUACACGGAUGCCCAGCUAGCCUCCCUCCUGGCAGGGGAAUCGGCCGUCGACCCCGCGCACUUCCACAACCGCCACCGACGACCCGACCACGACCCCAUGAAGUUGCGGUACCUCGACGACCUCUCGAUCCUCGACCCAAUCCUAGAUUCCCCCACCGGCCCGCAAACCUACACGCCGGGACACCCCCUCCAGCCGCUCCCGAAACUGCAAGAGCUGCUCACCCCUUCCGCCUCCACCACUGCCGCCAAUUCCGCCACGGGGGAGCCACCCUGGAUGCGCGAGGUCUCGCUCAGGACCGGCUUCCCCGUCGCCGACAUCAAGCGGUUCAGGACGAAGAUCCUGGUCUCCCACAGCGUCGUGAACCAGACGCACAUGGGCAAGAUUCGCAGGAUGUACUGCCUCGCCGUGGCCGGGAACGGGAACGGCCUUGUGGGCAUCGGGGAGGGGAAGAGCGUCGAGCACUCGGAGGCCCAGCGCAUCGCCACCUACAUGGCUGUUCGGAACAUGAUGCCCGUGCCCAGGUACGAGAACCGUACCAUUUUCGGCGAUCUGGAUAUCAAGGUUGGCGCGGUGGAGUUGAAGCUUUUUACUCGACCGCCGGGUCGGUUUCCCCUUGCUUUGGGGGUGGGACGUGGGGACUGACGGCGAGUUUAAUAUGGUUAGGAUUCGGAUUGCGCACUUCUCAGUACAUUUUUGAGAUAGCAAAGUGUCUGGGACUGUCGGACCUCUCGGCGAGGGUUACUCGCAGCAGGAAUCCCAUGAAUGUCUGCAAGGCUACCAUCCAAGCCCUCAGGAGCCAAAAGUUGCCCGAGACCAUCGCUCUGGGCCGGGGAAAGAAGUUGGUGGAUGUUAGGAAGGUUUACUACAACGGUGCCGUAUAA